AUGCAAACAACUACCGCAGCAUCGCAUGCGAACAUAUCCAUUCCCUGCAUAACGUCUUUGAUAAGGGGUGAUUUCACCCUGUUGAUGCAGUCGCUUGAACGAAACGAAUGUAGUGUAAGCAAGACGUAUAUUCUGGAACUCGCCCUAACUCUAAUCCGCUUUGACCCACAUUUAAGAGAGGAAGAAUGUCGGGCUUUUGUCCAUGCGUUUGAUUCUCUUGUGAGACGUCUCCUGGGGGAACUUCGGCGUUUCAACGAGGUGGAAAGUCUUCUUCGGGAGGAUUUUCACCUAUUGACAGAACUUUCUGAAAGGUGUCAUACGCUGGAUCAGCUGUGGGGCCGUUACUCAGUCGGCAAAGAAGGUGAGGCAAAGAAGACUACUGAUGCGUCGGAGUCUUUCGCUCCGUCCGUUACGAUUGAGGUUCCUCGUCCCCCGUUCACCACCCCCUCGAAAAGAAAAAACUGUCAGGACACGUGUAGCCCCACAGAGACCUGUGCCGAUAGUUGUAGUUCCUGCGAUGUAAAAUUAGCGCCUCCAGUAGAUCUGAGUGUUAUUACAAACACUGGUGGUCAAGAGGAGACGGUCGGACGCCUCGAUGACUGCAGUGAGGUUGUGAGAAACUGCGCUCCGUACUCGCUGAGGGGGAAACAGCUUUUCCCAGAGGACCCGCUGCAGUCGAGUGGCAAUGAAGCGGUUCGAAGGCAACAAUAUGUGGAGGAGUUUCUUGAGUUACUAACGGGCCGACUAUCCAGGGACGAUGCAGCCAUCAUAGUACAGAUACUAGGUUCGAAACCAACCAAAUGUAGUGGCAAAACUACCGGUGCCAAGCGUCAAAUGUCUAGUGUCACACACGACGAACCGGUUUACUCAGUUUCUGGAAAGUCCAGUCACGCAGGAAGCAAAGGUAAUAUUGCGAAUAGCAACGGGAAUAUUUCGCGGCUUGGUAGCCAUGUGUCGCUCGUGGACUCCCUCAACUUGAGGCGUGGUGGUUACAGUGUGGAGGAUAACGAAAGCAUGACCCGCGUUGACAAUGGCUCCUUCAAUGCAGAAUCAUCGGCCCCCUCUUCGUUCUCGGCAGGCGCCACCCCCAUCCGUAGCAUGAACAAGAUUGCACUGUACCUCAGUGUGUUUGCUGAUAUGCUUGCUAGUGGGGAAACCUGUGUUGCCCGUUCGCUGCAGAGCACAUUGACGAGGUUUGGGGAUGGACAGCAUGAAGACCAAGCGGGUGACCGUUCAACAUCUGGUAAUUGUUUUCGAGAGGGAUCAAAUAAGGGGGAUUCCCCAAUGCCUUCUGGUUUGUUUCCAUCACAGAAGGCAGUGAAUUUUCUCUCGGUGCUAUUUCCGUCCCUCCGUGGCUAUUUCCGCGACUUUUCGUGGCGCGCUGAUAAUGUUGCGUCGGACGAAGGCGGAGCAAAUGUGGUGCCCUCUGGUUUGCCCCACGACUGCUUGAGCCGGAAAGCGGGCAACACUGUCCGCCCCAACGCGUUUUCUGCGGUGGGGGGUGGCAGUAACUACGCCGGAAUUGCUACAUUGGGAGACAACGCAAAUGAAAACGAGCAGACGGGAGGAACGGGUAUUGCCUUCUCGUCAGGAUCCAGUAAUGGGUUGUACCCCGGUGAUAUUGCAUUGUUCUCCCUGCUUCGUUCCCUCCAAAAAGGGGGGUGUAUUGGCCCUGCAGUAUCAGCAGAUUUCACGUCAGGGAUCAAUGACGAAGGGAAGGAAGAAGAGAAAACUUCAGUGAUCGACGAUUCUGGAAGGACAACGCUGCAGCAAUACGGGGACGGCGACGGGUCAACGAUUAUUUAUUGUGUCUGGGUCGAGCUGCAAGCAGUGAGCAAAGAGGUUCAUAGUGGUGUCUUUGCCGCACAAGCCAUGCGUGAACAGAUUCAGGAGGAAAUUUCCCUCCUUUGCUUCCGUGUGGUUACCAUCAUUUUGGAGCUACUGAUCCCUGCUGCCUCCUCUGUGGAUCAGCGGCAAGUGUUGUUCUUUCGUAAGUGGGUUUGUGACAUAUAUCGGUUGCUUCUGGAAGAAGAACUACUGGGCCGCUUCUCGGCUCUCGCUGGCGCAUCGUCCUCCGCACAUUUCACCGAAGUUGUAAAUCCUGACAGCUGCGCCCCAUCUACUCUUCCUCCAACGACGCCACAAUACCGCAAGAAGCGGGCGAGUGGUAAAGGGACUCCGGUGACGAUAACGCGGCGGGGGUCGCUGACAUGUGUGUUGGUGGAUGAUGGAAACGGAACCUUGCAGAAUGAUAGUGGACCUCCUACCCUGAAAGAGGAAAUCGGGGGUUUGUUGGUACCUGGAACUGCGUACUCGAGGCUUGCGUGCAGUCUAGAUAAAAGUUCUGCCCGCGCUGUUGAAGGGGGGUCCUCCGGGACUGCUGCAACUGACGGUCGCCUCGCGUUUAUUCAAACGCCAGCAGCACCUUCCUAUCCAGCGGCGCAUUUUGGGCAUGGACAUUACUACCGACGGGAUGAUCCUGCAGUGGUCAUGGCGGAGUCUCUGUUUGAUGAUGCACCUACUGAGCCCCUCCCGCAAUGCCACUUUGUUAUCACACGCCUCAUGGCGAUGCUUUUGCGCGGCGCCGGCUCGGUGAAAACUUCGAACCCCGUCCCGGCACCAGACCGUGGCAGUUGCAGUGUGAACGGCAGCUUCGCUGGAGUAUCGCCCAAUGAGUUCCAGACAAACUUGCCACGAAAACCAACUCCUUCUGUAAAACCUCUUCGACAAACAACACGAAAGAAGAUUACUGUGCAAGGCCAUACACAGGUUGCCGCAUCGAAAAAGGUGCAAACCUCACUCACUGGGGUGGAGAACAAAUCGACACUGAACCAGCGGCCACUGAACCGUGUCGCUUACCCCGUGGUCAGUUGUACAGGAGAUGUGAAGGCCUUGUACUUAAGCGUUUUGUGUGAAGUUGAAUUAAUGCUUUCGCCUCUUGACCCGAUACGCGCAGCCACAGUACAAAACGCCGUUGACUUCCUUGUUUCAGUCACCCAAACACCUGGGGAAGCGUUUGAACUGUUAGACGCCUAUCUUGACGAUGUUGGAAUGGAGCAGAUUCAACUACCUCAAGCUCAGCGGGGGGUGAUCGACUACGUGGCGGAUGGCGGCGCUGGAAGUCACGGUUAUUCUCCGCUAGGAAAUGAACCCCCCUCCUCCUUAGGAUCCGUGCGGCGCCAACGCGUGGCUACGUUGGAAACUGCUGCGUCGGGGGGCGGUCGCGCAAAUGCGGCCCUGAGGAGCUGCAGCGUGCAGCAGAAGCGAGGUGGCAUAAGCGCUGAGAAGGAAAACAGCACAUCUUUAUUGUCAAUGUUCCCCGUUAUUCCAACCGUCAUUCCAUCCUGGAACUCACCGGAUGAGAGCGCGCAAUUCAUGACAAUACUGGCGCUCCUGCGCCACAAACACCUUACACUUCAAGGUGCCUUCGGCGGCAGGUCAUCUCCCCCAUGGUUGUAUCCUCAAGGCGAAUGA